CUCCUCCCUGCGGUGUGUGCGCGGAAGGGAGUUGCUUGGGAGGAUGGGCUGUGGGCAUCGGGCACCCUUCCAGCUCCAAGGCUCAGAGGCACAGAGCGGAGGCACGCGCUGUGUGGCGUCUUAGCCGGCCCCUCACUCUCCUUCCUGCGUCUCCCUGGCGCUCCGGGAGAGGGCCGAGCCCCAGUUCGCGGCUGGCGCUGCUAGGUGGCUGGCUGCUCCCAGCAGCCGGGCAGGGAAGCUCCGUGGCGCGGCUCAUCCCCGCUCGCACGUAGAGCGGAGCGGGUCGGGCGAGGACGGGGGCGGAUUCACACACACACACGCAGCAGCGGCAGUUUCAGGCGCUCCGUCCAUCUAGGGCGCACAUCUUCCAUCUCCCUCCUCUUCCAGCGGCUGCUCUGGCGGUGCCUCCCCCUCGCCAAGCCUCCAUCUCCGGCCGGGGCUGCCCCCCUCCUCCCCAGCGCGCGUUGCUGGGCUCCGGAGCGCCGCCCGAGGCGGGCAGAGCGCGGCUGCCCCAGCUCCGGAGCGGCGAGCGCGGAGAGCCCUGGCCCGCCAGCGCGCACCCAUGCGCUAGGGGAGCGGAGCGCACAGCGGGGAGGCAGGCGACGGCACCGGCUGCGGAGGAGGAUGCGGGGCUCGGGCGCCCGGGCAGGGGCAGCGGGGCUCGGCUGCAGCGGCGGCGGCUCCCCGGCUCCCCUCUGGACGUGUCUCCUGCUGUGCGGGGCGCUGCGGAGCCUGCUGGCCAGCCCCAGCAACGAAGUGAAUUUACUGGACUCCCGCACAGUCAUGGGGGAUCUGGGAUGGAUAGCCUACCCGAAAAAUGGGUGGGAAGAAAUUGGUGAGGUGGAUGAAAAUUAUGCACCAAUACACACAUAUCAAGUGUGCAAAGUAAUGGAACAGAAUCAGAACAACUGGCUUCUGACUAGUUGGAUCUCCAAUGAAGGAGCCUCCCGGAUCUUCAUCGAACUCAAGUUCACUCUGAGGGACUGUAACAGUCUUCCAGGAGGACUCGGGACUUGCAAAGAGACUUUCAAUGUGUAUUACUUUGAAUCAGAUGAUGAAGAUGGGAGGAACGUCAAAGAAAACCAGUACGUCAAGAUUGACACCAUUGCCGCCGAUGAGAGCUUCACUGAGCUCGACCUUGGAGACCGGGUCAUGAAGCUGAACACUGAGGUCAGAGAUGUUGGGCCUCUGACCAAAAAGGGAUUUUACUUGGCUUUCCAGGAUGUAGGUGCCUGCAUCGCCCUGGUUUCCGUGCGGGUGUAUUACAAAAAGUGCCCUUCCAUUAUCCGUAACCUGGCCCUCUUUCCUGACACCAUCACUGGGGCAGAUUCCUCCCAGCUGCUGGAAGUGUCAGGCUCGUGUGUGAACCACUCUGUGACCGAUGAGCCUCCAAAGAUGCAUUGCAGUGCCGAAGGGGAAUGGCUGGUGCCCAUUGGAAAAUGCAUGUGUAAGGCAGGGUACGAGGAGAAGAACAGCACCUGUCACGUCUGCAGACCUGGAUUCUUCAAGGCCUCUCCCCAGAGCCCAUCCUGCAGUAAGUGUCCCCCUCACAGCUACACACGCGAGGAAGCAUCCACCUCCUGUCUGUGUGAAGAACACUAUUUCAGAAGGGAGUCGGACCCACCUACAAUGGCCUGUACAAGACCCCCCUCAGCUCCUCGGAAUGCCAUCUCAAAUGUUAACGAGACUAGUGUCUUCCUGGAAUGGAUUCCCCCGGCUGACACUGGUGGAAGGAAAGAUGUGUCUUAUUAUAUUGCAUGCAAGAAGUGCAGCUCCCACUCGGGGCUGUGUGAGGCGUGUGGCAGUCAUGUCAGGUACCUCCCCCAGCAAAUCGGCCUGAAAAACACCUCUGUCAUGAUGGUGGACCUGCUUGCUCAUACAAACUAUACCUUUGAAAUUGAGGCAGUGAACGGAGUGUCCGACCAGAGCCCUGCAGCACGGCAAUAUGUGUCUGUAAAUGUAACCACAAAUCAGGCAGCACCUUCUCCAAUCAGUAUUGUGAAAAAAGGAAAGAUAGCUAAAAAUAGCAUCUCCCUUUCCUGGCAGGAGCCCGAUCGACCCAAUGGCAUCAUCCUGGAAUAUGAAAUCAAAUAUUUUGAAAAGGAUCAAGAGACCAGCUACACCAUCAUCAAAUCGAAAGAGACGAAGAUCACAGCGGAUGGCUUGAAACCAGCGUCGACAUAUAUCUUCCAAAUCCGAGCGCGCACAGCAGCAGGGUAUGGUGGCUUCAGUCGAAGAUUCGAGUUUGAAACCAGCCCAGUGUCAGUAGCUGCAUCCAGUGAUCAGAGCCAGAUUCCUAUAAUUGCUGUGUCAGUAACAGUGGGAGUUAUCCUGUUGGCGGUUGUUAUUGGUUUCCUUCUCAGUGGAAGUUGCUGCGAUCAUGGCUGUGGGUGGGCUUCUUCCCUGCGUGCUGUUGCGUAUCCAAGCCUAAUAUGGCGAUGUGGAUACAGCAAAGCUAAACAAGAUCCAGAAGAAGAAAAGAUGCACUUUCAUAAUGGCCACAUUAAAUUGCCAGGAGUAAGGACUUAUAUUGACCCACAUACCUAUGAAGACCCCAAUCAAGCCGUCCAUGAAUUUGCCAAGGAAAUUGAAGCUUCAUGCAUAACAAUUGAAAGAGUUAUCGGAGCUGGUGAAUUUGGGGAAGUUUGUAGUGGGCGUCUGAAACUGCCUGGAAAACGCGAGUUUCCAGUGGCCAUAAAAACCCUCAAAGUGGGCUACACUGAAAAACAAAGACGAGAUUUCCUGGGGGAAGCAAGCAUCAUGGGACAGUUUGACCAUCCCAACAUCAUUCACUUGGAAGGUGUUGUCACAAAAAGUAAGCCAGUAAUGAUAGUGACAGAGUACAUGGAGAAUGGCUCUCUUGACACAUUUUUAAAGAAGAACGACGGGCAGUUCACUGUCAUUCAGCUGGUUGGGAUGCUGAGGGGCAUCGCAUCAGGGAUGAAGUACCUAUCAGACAUGGGUUAUGUACAUAGAGACCUUGCUGCCAGAAACAUCCUCAUCAACAGCAAUUUAGUGUGCAAAGUGUCUGACUUUGGGCUGUCCAGAGUCCUAGAAGAUGACCCUGAAGCAGCAUACACAACAAGGGGAGGGAAAAUCCCGAUCAGAUGGACAGCCCCAGAAGCCAUCGCCUUCCGCAAAUUCACCUCGGCCAGCGACGUCUGGAGCUAUGGGAUAGUGAUGUGGGAAGUAGUGUCUUAUGGAGAGAGACCCUACUGGGAGAUGACCAAUCAAGAUGUGAUAAAAGCUGUGGAGGAGGGCUAUCGUUUGCCAAGUCCCAUGGACUGCCCGGCUGCUCUUUACCAGCUAAUGCUCGACUGCUGGCAGAAAGAUCGGAACAGCAGGCCCAAGUUUGACGAAAUUGUCAGCAUGUUGGACAAGCUCAUCCGUAACCCGAGCAGCUUGAAGACACUGGUUAAUGCGUCGAACAGAGUGUCAAAUUUAUUAGUGGAGCAUAGCCCCCUGGGAAGUGGCGCCUACAGAUCAGUAGGUGAAUGGCUGGAAGCCAUCAAAAUGGGACGGUACACAGAGAUCUUCAUGGAAAAUGGAUACAGUUCAAUGGAGGCCGUGGCUCAGGGAUUUGAGGCGGCUUGGAGUGACACUUGUUGGUCACCAGAAGAAGAUAAUGAGCAGCCUUCAAGAGAUGAAGGUCCAGUUGAUGAAUGGGAUGGUGCCGUUGUAACUUGGUUUUAAAGUCACUUUCUCAAGUGAUCGACCCUGCACUUUGUAAACUAGCCCUGAGAUUUAUUAUAACAAAAAGAACAAAAAAAGGGAAAGUUGGUUAUUUCUAUAACUGAAGGACAUUGGCCUCUGCCACAUAAUUUAUAAUCAGUGUUUGACUAAAAAAUUUCCUUUCCUUCCUAUUUGUGUCUUCAUAUUCAUGAAGUAAAUGUAACAUGCAUGGAAAUGGAUCUACUGUACAUGAGGUUAACCAUUUUCUUAUGCUUCAGCAACAACAACAACAAGAAAAAGCCUUCCCACCACACUUUGUCUGUACAUGGAAUAUAUAGAGAGCACCUUUAUAUACUGAAUUAUGGCAGCACACGUUAAUACUUCCAAGGACUUAACUUGAAUGGAAAAGUUUUGUAGCCAUUCAUGGGCUAACAAAAGCUGCAGUUUCCUGAAGUUUACUUCAAGUCUUAAUUGUCUACAGAAGUGUAUUGAAGAGCAAUAUGAUUAGAUUAUUUCUUGAUAGAUAUUUUGUUUUGUAAAUUUAAAAAAUGCUGUUACACAGCGUUAAGUUAUAGAGACUAGUGUAGAAACAUGUUGCUUGUCCAGUGGCAAAUACAAUACAGGGUGUAUAUUUCCCCCCUCUGUGUUAUAAAGUUCCUUUUAAUUUGCUCUUCUGUGAGAUGAAUACAUGAUUAAUAUGUAUAUACUGUACAGUUUGCUACACAUCCAGGUACAAGAAUUUUUGGUUAGACUUGGUUUUGGUUGUUUUGUGCUACCACUUUGCUUGUAUUUUUGCUGCUGUUUGGUCAAACAACAUAUACAAACAAAGCUUUCAGGAGUUUUACUUACAUAUGUGAGGUAACAAGAGUGCAUUUCAAUAAAAGCUGUUUCUCCCUCUGUUUCUAUCUGAGCUCUGGAUAUUACGGGGCAGAUUUCAAAAGCAUAAAUGGGAGUUAGCCAUCCAACUCACAUUGGCUUUCAGUGGCAGUUGGGUACCUAACUUCUUCUGGACAUUUGAAAGUCUCCCCCUAAAAUAUCCAGCAUGGCUCAGCACCCCUGUGUACUGUGACCAGUCUGCUGCAAAUAGAUUUAAUCUCAGGGACCCAUGUGCUUCCAAGCCAGCUGGGUCUGGGUAGAGACUAGUCACUGUUUUUAGCUCUGGAUCUAUAGGGCACACUCCCAGGCUCAGACCUCCUGUUUUGAGCCCUAAUUGGCUUGUCAGUCCACCACCCUAGACAAUAAAACCAGUGCCUCUGACCUCCCGAGCCACUCAGUUGCUUACACACGCUAGCCCAGAGCUCCACUGAGGCUGUGGGCUCUCUGGGGUACGAGGUUAACUCCUUACAUGACAACAUGCCAGGGAAGCAGGGAGCGCAGGCUUAGGCAAGGAAUCUCUUCACCACAGACACUUUACUCUUCAAAUGUGUGGUCUGUUUGUGUUUCAGGCUGGACAAAGUCCCUCCUGCCCUCUUUUUCCACCAAGCCUUCAGUUCUGUGAUGAUGGCCAGCCCCCCAACUCAGAGCAGCACCCCUUCUUAAGUGCAGUCUCUGUCUCCUUCACCCAGGUGCUCCUCUGGAAAGCUUAUCCCUUCCCUCCUUCAGGCCCCAGUGUAGAAAAACCAUCGUUCAAUUGAGUCAGCAGUUGGGAGACAAUCAAAGUGGAUGGCCCUAGACUGCCAUAUUGAUGCUUUCUCCUGAUGUCCCUUCAAUGAGAUGUCAAGCAGCUUUCCUAGGUAGGGUGUCUAUCUGCAACACAAUUCAAUAAGCUUACCUUGAUUAACGUUAGGCUUGUGUUCGGCACAUCAUACAAAAUGGAGUUCCUAACACAAGAUGGAGGUUACAAUUUGAUUCUUUGCAGGAUAUGAGAGAGCCAAGGGGGGUGAGGUAAUCUAUUAAUGGACCAACUUCAAUUUGUGGAAGAGACCAGCUUUCGAGCUACAUAAAGCCAGACCUGAAGAAGAGCUCUGGGUAACUCAAUAGCAUGUCUCUCUCACCAACAGAAGUUGGUCCAUUAAAAAGAUAUUACCUCACCCUCCUUGUUACAGUUUGAUACAGACACUCUGUCACAAAGCACACAGGAGCAGAAGGAGAAAUGUGCUGAAUUUGAUAAAUGCGGUGGAAUCCUAUAGUAGAGAUUUAAUUUGUUUGAACAACAACAUUGCUCUAGCCAGAAUUUGACUGUAACCAGUUUCAGUUUGCACAUAGUAAAGCACGGGUGCUGGGAUUUUCAAAGGAACCUAUGGGAAUUAGGCACCCAGCUCCCAUUGAAUUCCAUCUUGAAACAAUGAGGGACUUUGAUUGUAUUUUCUGUAUAGAUGGAAUUCUCCAAUUGUCCAUAAUAGGCCCCAUAGUUCGUUUUAAGAAAAAAGUCUCUGUUAAAGAUAGGGAUUGAAAGACUUGCUCAAAUGAUGGCAAAUAUUUUUCAUUAUUCUAGGGAAUAUUAGUUGUUUAUGUGGGUUGGAUAGCAUCUUGCAGCAUUCUUUCUUGAAGAUGGUAUCAACAUAUUCUGUUUUCCUUUCUCUUCUUCACCUCUGGAAUAAAAGAGCAUCUAAUCUGUUGCUUAAAUUAUUCAUUCCUCUCACUCAGAAGCAAGUAUCUGAAUACCACUUUAGUUGUUCUUAAACAUCUUUUUAUACUUCCUCAAACCCCAAAUACAAAUAGCAGCUUCUAAUAAAACAAAAUCUCUCACAAAGAAAGAUGGGGCUUGUGCUCCUAAAUCCCUUUGGUGCAUCUGCAAGUUUCCUGCAAAGAUGUUUAAAAAACCUAAAAACCCAUCUUCCUUCUAGAACUGUUAGUUACUUCUCAGUGAGAUAUGGUACCUUUCCAAUUGGUGACAGGUCCAGGGGUGAACAGGUGUAGGAAGAAGUCAGAUGUAUCUGGAAAGGGAGUAAAGAAAUGCCUUCUUCCUACAUCUGUUCACCCCUGGACCUGCCACCAAUUGGAAAGGUACCAAAUUCAUCUGCAAAUGUGAGAAAUGGAAAAAAGAGACAACUUAUACCAGAAGGGAGAGGUUUGACAAAUCUUGAUUGUGUGAUUUCUUAUCUUAUCGUUUUAUUUUUGUCAGCCACUGGGCCACAAAGAAAAAAAAAACCCAAAUCAAGACAUAACAAUUGCCGCACAAAAGAAGAUUUGUCAAAUAAUAACAUUAUUAGAGCUGUCAGGGGAACCGUUGUGGGAUUCUCUGCCUGCACUGCUUUGUAAAAUAAUCCGUAGGAAGACAGACACAACAACUUAUUUCUUCUGGAGGAAUUCUUCAGUUGCCACUUGCAUCAAUCAGCUGUACUUGGAGAGAUUUUUAUUAGCAACUUCCAGCUCUUUUCCUCUCCCUUUUCUGCCUGUUCUCUUCUGUCACUGGUUAACUGAUGGAGUGAAGUAGCACUCUGUGAAAAAUGCAAGGAGGAGUUUGGUUUUGUUCUUUUUUUGUGGGCUUUUAAAAUAAAGUUCCCUUGGCCAUUUGUGUUUUUCAAAUGCAUAUACAGUGUGUUGGGGAUUUACUACAUGAAGGUGAGAAUUACCUUCUCAGAACAAAAAGAAAAGGAGUACUUGUGGCACCUUAGAGACUAACCAAUUUAUUUGAGCAUAAGCUUUCGUGAGCUACAGCUCACUUCAUCGGAAAGCUUAUGCUCAAAUAAAUUGGUUAGUCUCUAAGGUGCCACAAGUACUCCUUUUCUUUUUGCGAAUACAGACUAACACGGCUGUUACUCUGAAACUUCUCAGAAAAGUGUAGUCAGUUGACAUUUGCUGGACCAGCUUUCAGAAUAUCUUUAUGGUUAACUAGUAGAAAAGGGAAUGCCCGUAACCAGAUUGCAUUUGUAAAUAAUUUGGGCACUUUUUCUUAAUUAUUUAAAUACCUAUACAAACCUUUUUAGAUUUAAUGCAAGCACGUACGUUGCUACAAAUCUGUUUAUAAUAGACUCUGUAUAUGAGUGGAAAAAAAACCAUGACCAAGAUUUUCGAAAACGGGGGGCCUAAAUCAGUGCCCUGAUUUUCCAAAGUGCAGCCAAGAUUCCUGUUGUAGCCAGAGAGGGAGCUGCUGGGUGCUCAGCAUAUUGGAAAAUCAAGCCGUUCAUUUAGUUACCUAAAUAUGGAUUUUGGAUCCAAUCCUUAGGCACCCAGUUUUUAAGCUGGAAUUUUCAAAAGAGGCUAUGGGACUUAGGUCCAGAUCCCCAAUGGUAUUUAGGCUCCUAACUCCCAUUUGAUUUCAAUGGGAGUUAGGCAUCUAAAUAUCUUUGAGGAUCUGGGCCUACGCACCUAACUCCCUUAGGGCCCUCUGACAAUUGCAGUCUAAAAUCUUAGUCAAUGUAUCUUUAUUUUACCUUAGCAGAGUUGGGAUAUCAUUCAAAGCACAAGAAGAGAAAUUUUCUUUUGGAAGGUAUUUUUCGUUAUUAUCCAAGAAAGGGUAGCAAGUAAAAAUAUGUAGGUUAAAAUCAGGUAUUAGAAAUGGACUAUUGUAUAUAUUGUCAUGCAGUAGAAUUGGGUCACAAUGUUUUUCUGGUUUUGUUCUGUCUAAGCACAGAGGGGGAAAAAAGCGAAGUACUAUAGUUAGCUAUCCUUACUAGUGGUCUACCAGAAAUUAAAACCUGAAAGAAAAAUGCAAAUGUUACCUACAUUAAGAUGGUGAAGUUUGAUAAUCAGAAGUAAAUUGUUAGGUGUACGUAGAGUAUAUACCUAGGGUAAGUCAAAGAGGUUUGCUCUUCCAACUCAGUAGCCCAGAUGGUUACAUAGAUUACUUUUUUUCAGUCCAUUUUGCUGCUAAUUGUAAGGGAAUAUUUCAAGGGGAACGGGAGCUAAGAACGUUCUUUUUCAUCUCUGAAGGAGGAAGUCUUUCGAAGCGCAGUUCUUGUUUAGAGUGACCUCCGUUUAUUCUGUGGAGAAGUUAUCUUAUCAUAAAAAAAAGAAGACUGAUGAAAAAAAGUCCGCUGUAAACUUUAUUUAUUCCUUCUAUAUGUUAACAAAAAUAUGAUGACGGUGCAAAAGCUGUGUCUAUUCGGUGUUGAAUAUAAACAUGUAGAAGUCCCAGUGGUCAAGAUAUUGUGACUCCUAAGACUGCUGCAGUUUUGAAACUAGUCAUUAAGAAGUGUGUGAAAUACAUUGACAGCAGUCUGAGAGUAAGGUGUAGUUUCGAGUCCUUUAUUAUUAAGUCUUUCUAAACCCCUUAGUGCAGGUGGGUUGGGACUCGGAGCGCCUCUAUUAAACAAUGCCCCAAUUUGCAUUAGGUUUGAUUCCCUGCAUUGGAGUUUUAACUCAUAGAAGGCUUAGCAUUGCUGUAUUUAUUUCCUUUUAUUUUCAUUUUUCCUUUGAUGCUUUAUGUGCAUUUUGUUUGUGUACAUGUUUUUGUAGUGUAAGAUAUAAAAUUUUAUAUUUUUUCAUAAAAAUAAAAAU